AUGUCGCUGGUUGUCCGCCAUUAUCGUCAAUAUUUUCUUGUCUUUCUUUAUUCUUUCUUUCUUUCUUUCUUUCUUUCUUUAUUGUCCCAUAUUCUUUCUUUCUUUCUUUCUUUCUUUCUUUCAUUCUUUUCCCAUAUUCUUUUUUCUUUUCACAUAUUCUUUCUUUCUUUCUUUCUUUCUUUCUUUCUUUCUUUCUUUCUUUCUUUCUUUCUUUCUGUUCCCAUAUUCUUUCUUUCUUUCUUUCUUUAUUUCUUUCUUUCUUUUCCCAUAUUCUUUUUUCUUUUCACAUAUUCUUUCUUUCUUUUCCAUAUUCUUUCUUUCUUUCUUUCUUUUCCUAUAUUCUUUCUUUCUUUUUUCUUUCUUUCUUUUCCCAUAUUCUUUCUUUCUCUCUUUCUUUCUUUCUUUCUUUUCCCAUAUUCUUUCUUUCUUUCUUUCUUUCUUUUCCCAUAUUCUUUUUUCUUUUUACAUAUUCUUUCUUUCUUUCUCUCUCUUUCUUUCUUUCUUUCUUUCAUUCUUUCUUUCUUUUCACAUAUUCUUUCUUUCUUUUUCCAUAUUGUUUCUUUCGUCUUUUUUCCCAUAUUCUUUCUUUCUUUCUUUCUUUUCUUUCUUUCUUUUUCCCAUAUUCUUUCGUUCUUUCUUUCUUUCUUUUCCCAUAUUCUUUCGCAUGAUGUCAAAAGAGAGGAAUCGAACGAGGAUGACUUUUCUUUUUUCUUCUUUUUUUUUAAAUCAUGGCGAGCUGCAACAAGAUUUGACGGCUUAAGACACGAAAGAAAAAUGACCGUUUAUUCGACACAAGACAAAAACCACAAACACAAAACGCUCUCUUUUCUUUCUUCGGCCUUCUUUAAAUGGCUAGCAAUCUUUUUUUUCUUCUUCCGGCUCUCAUUUGUUUUCGUUUUUUCUACUUAUUUGUCAUUUUUUUCCUAUUUUUGUUUUUUCUUUGUUUCUUCUCCUUUUUUUAAUCUUUUCUUUUUAUCUACACAUUCCUUUUUCCUCCUUUCUUUUUUCUUUUUUUUCUUUCUUAAUAACAUUCCUCCCUUCCUUCCUUCUUUCUUUCUUUCUAACCAUGCUUUUUUCUUUUUUCUUAAUAGCAUUCCUUUUUUCCUCCUUUCUUUUUUCCUUUCUUUCUUUUUUAAUAACAUUCCUCCCUUCCUUCCUUCCUUCUUUCUUUCUUUCUAA